AUGACCCGGAUCCCCCCCGGUUCUGUCGCAGCCCGGCGGCGGCGGGACGCGAGUGGCGGGUGGGUGUUGGGAAGGCGCGCGGGGGGGAUGCGGGACCGUGUGCCCGCGCGCGGCCACGUGCUCGCCGCCACCUGCCGUGGACACGCGCCCUCCCCCGCCCCGCGCGCGCACGUGCGCGGCCCGCCGCCUGACUCUGCGGGGCACGCGGGCGCCGCGUCCACGCGAGACCGCGCGGAGCGGCCCGGCCGCGCGAGGGCCGAGGCGGGCGGCGGGGGGGGGGGAAGCGCGUUUCCUACGCGGCGGUGGCCGCCGGCGGCGAGGAGCGCCCCGUCCCCGCCGGUCCCCGGGCCCGUCACGCGGGGCCGUGUCCCCGAGCGGCGGCGGACCCGCGUGCGGGCGCGGGGUCCCGGGGAGGGUGUGUCGCGGGGCGGGCGCGUGCCCCCCCCCCCCCCCGGCAGCGGGGCCUCUGCCCGCGCGGCACCGAGCGAGCGGCGGGGCGCGCGCGGAGCGGGGGCGCGCGGGGUCUCCAGUGGGAACCGCGCGCGUUCCCAGUGGCAGCGCCGGGGAGGGCGGGGGGUGGGGAGCCAGGGGACGGGGGAGGAGCGGGCCGCUCUCCCCCCCCACCCCCGCUCCCUCCCUCCCCUGCCCCUGCCCCGGGGCGGCGGGUGGCGCUGGCCGCGGCGGGUCGGGGCUCGGUGUCCUUGUGCGGAAAUGACACACGGUCCCGUCACGUCACGCGAGAGCGCAGCGCGCGGACCCUCGCACACAAAGAGCGGGGGGGGAAGCGCGGGCUCCAGCGGCGGCCGCUGCAGCCGCCCCCGUCGCCCCGGGGCUCCCGUGGCCCCGCGCGGAGCAGAGGUAAGUCUCGCUGCCGCCGCCGGCGGGGACGGGCGCCGUUCCACGCACCCCACGGCGAGCGGGGAGCGCCGCCCCGGCGGGUGGGGGAGGAACGGGGCGGGGGGGGGGGGCGCGAGCGGGGGAGGCGCGGGGCCGGCCCCUCCCCCGGCCGCCCGCGGGCCGGGGCCGCGCGGGCGGGGGGCUCUUUGUUCGCCGCUCCGAACGGUGCUGCGGCGGCGCGGGUCGCGCGCGCCCGACCCGGGUGCCUCCAUCCGCGGGGCGGGGGGAGGGGGACAACGGGGAGCGGGGGAAGGGGGGGGGGGGGCAGCGGAACGGUCACGCCGCCGUCACCUCCAGCCUCACCUUAACCCCUUCCCCCCCCCGCCUCCCCCGCGCGCCGGCCACAUAGAUCCGCCCGGGCAGCGUUCGGACCGGAAGCACCAACCGCCGCCUCCGCCUCGGGCUCGUGGGUCUGACCGCGGAAGCGGCCGCGGCCGCGCCGCGUGCGGGGCGCGCGGGGCGUCCCUCGCCGCAGCGCCCGCCCCCGGGCGGGGCCUCGCGCCGCCGCCGCCGCGCGCGCCGCUCCCACGUGGCGGCCGCUCCGCCGCCCCUCGGUGGGCGCGGGGGGGGAGCUCCGGCCGUGAGCGCGCUGCCCGGCACCGGUACCGGCACCGCCCCGCGGCUUCCCGGGGCCACGCGUUCCCCGGGAGCCAGGGUCCCGCCCGUCCUAUCGUACGCGGCGGGAGGAGCUGCGGGCGGCCGGUCGGGCGGUUGCGCUGGAAUUCGUGGCGGUCCUUGCCGGGUCGCGCCCUGAGGGGCCCGGUGAAGGGCACUGCGGGGGAACGGGCCGCCCCUGGCCCGAUCAUCUCCCCCCAGGUCACCCGCGGCUUUCCUGCGCUGCCUCCGCCCAGAUCACCGCCCGCUGCCCCUGCCCCCAUCACCGCCCGCUUCCCCUGCCCCGGUCGCCCGCUGCCUCUACCCUACUUUUCCCUGCGGUGUGUCCACACAGCCCUUUGUAAAUAG